GCGGUGCCAUGGCGGAGAAGGGGCGGAGCGGCGGCGGUGCCAUGGCGGAGAAGGGGCGGAGCGCUGCGCGGAGGCUGCUGGGGCUGCAGGAGCGGCUGCGCCGUGCGCGGCAGCCCGCGGAGAUUAUAAAAACACUUGAAGUACUACAAGGUUUGGAUUUAUCACUGGAUAUUUUAGUGGAAACUGGCAUAGACAAAACAGUUAAAAGUUUUAGGGAACAUGCCUCUGCUGGGAAUGUAGCUAAAAGUCUGUUAAAACAGUGGAAAAAGCUUAUUUCUCCAGAAAGUAAAAGUGAUCACAGGGGAAGAAAAAAUAAUGAAAAAGAAAAAUGUGAGAUGAAAUCUUCUGUUUCCAAGGAGAUUAAGCCUUCAGAGAAGCCUGAAACAUCUGUACCAGCCCUUAGAAGUUCCAGCAGUGCUCCCAUUUCUACAAAGCUGAAUAAGGAGCAUAUUUGUAGUGAAAAGACCCAUCAAAGUACGAAUUCUGAGUCUCCAAAAGAAUGUGAUAAUAAAGUAUGUAGCAGCAGUGGUUCUAAGCAUGAUUCCCAGGGUACCAAUUUUCAGGCUAAAGAAAGUGAGUUCAAAGAGAGCACCUCCACAAAGAGCACGAAAAUUUCAAAAAAGCAGCAUUCCUCUGCAGUCAAUGGAGGCUUAUUGUCCCUGAAAGAAAAGCCUAGUAAGGAUGCUUCCAAACAGAGAAAUCCUAAACAUGUGAAGAAACCAAAACAAAAUCUUGUUAUGAAAGACCAAGCCAAAUCAUCUAGUGAUGAGGAAUUUGAACCCCCUACUAUGUCUUUUGAAUCUUAUCUUACUUAUGAUGAGGUUACCAACAAAAGAAAGAGAAAAGCUUGUUCUACAGGUGCACGGCCAAAAAAGUGCAGUAAAGAGAAGAACAGCUCAUUACUACAAGAGACUUCAAAACUUUCUCAGGCACAAGAGGGAGUUGAAGAUGUAAAAAAAUGUGAGAGUGAUCAAUCAGAAACUCCUAAUAAAAAGGCCAAAGUGGCAUCCCUCCAAGAGCUUCUUAAUACUCCACUACCUAAAACUCUGCCAGGCAUCUCAGCAUCAUCUCCCCCAUAUGCUGCAGACUUUACAGUGUCCACAGUACCUGUUGUAGAAGCACCCCAGCAAGUCAAUGAGGUAGUUCAAUUCACAGGACAGAGACUGAACUCCAAAAUGCAGGUUUACUCUGGCUCCAAGGCAGUCUGCCUUUCAAAGAUGCUUACACUGUAUGAGCAGUGUGUCCGCAUGCUUCACAACAAUAUUGAGUUGUUACAAGAAGCAGGAGGUGUGCCCUUUGAAAUUCUUGAGCCUGUGCUAACGCGUUGCACACCAGAGCAAUUGUUUCGAGUAGAGAAAUGUAAUCUGAUGUUUAUAAAAGAGACUGACCACUUGUGGAAGAAACACUGCCAAAGAGACUUUAAAAAUGAGAGCCUUCUGGAAUAUGAGUCUUGGCGUGAAAUGUACUGGAGACUGUUUAAUCAGAGAGAAGAAAAACUGAAGAUCCUUACAAAAAAUAUUCUUUCAGCUCAGUCUGAGAAACCAAAAGGCAGGCAAGUAAAAAUGGCUUAUGUGACUGGGGCGGCAAAACCACCCAGGAACAUUUGCCGACAGCAAGGAAUCCAUGGGGCAGCAGGACCUGUCAUCCAGCUUCAUCCCACAGCAAAGUGCAAAACAGGGACUCCAGAAAUGAGAGACACACGUGCUGGCAACAGUAGAAGUUUUAGCUCAGGUGCCAUAAUUCAAGAUGGAAAGAAGCCUACCAAAAAAAUAGCACCAAUCAUGAAGAAAACAUUGAAAGCACUCAGGAGUAGAGUUGGACAAUGAUAAAAUGAGGUUGUGUAUUUGAAGCUUAUUUGAUGUGACUGUAUGUAUAUUAUACUACAGUGAAUGAAAGUAAUGUUCAUGUAAGCACUGUUUAAUUUGCUUUAGUUAAAAUAGUUCUGAAAAAUUGCAUGGGUGAAUAAUUAGCAAUAAAUACUGAAACCUCCGAGUCCUUUCAUACUGCUCCUUUCUGACUUGAACUGAAAUAAGGUCAGUACACACUAAUGACAAAUCAGUUUAUAUGAACCUUUAUAGGUGAUGUAUUUAUUAGUUUAAGCUGGUGAAGGGUCUGGGGCACAAGUUUUUGUAAGAAUGGCUGAGGGAAUGGGGGUGGUUUAGCGUGGAGAAAAGGAGGCUGAGGGGAAGACCUUGUUGUUCUCUACCUGUACCUGAAAAGAGGUUGUACACGGGUGGGGGUUGAUCUCUCCUUCCAAGUUACAGGACAAGAUAAAAUGGUCUCAAGUUGCACCAGUGAAGGUUUAGAUUGGAUAUUAGGAAAUAUUUCACUGAACGGGUUGUCAUCAUUGGAACAGACUGCCCAGGGAAGUAGCUGUGUUGUCAUUCCUAGAGAUAUUUAAAAGAUGUGUAGAUGUGGCAUUUGAGGAUCAGAGUGCUGGAUUAACAGUUGGACAUUGAUGAUCUUUAAGGUCUUUUCCAACCCAAACAAUUCUGUGAUUCUCUGAUUGUAUGUAAGUGUGGAGAUGAAAGAAAAUAUGGACUAUACUCUGAUAUGUGACUCUGUCAUGAAGAGGCCUAGCUCACAACCUCGCAGCCAGUUGUCUUAGAGUGAAGAAGCUAUUUGGUCUUGGAUAGCUGUCCUUUGAAGAGUUAGGGACUGCUGCAAUUGGGGGUUGGUCUAUGAAUGGGUUUAGUUUUAGAAUGAGAUAUGUCUUUGUAGUUUCUUUUUCUAAACUGGUUCAUUUGCCUGAAUUGUAAGCCUGACUUUGCCUUGAAGGCAUGCCUUGGAAAUGGAGGAGCUCUAUCAAUUGCACUCAGUAGUUGCAAGUAGGUCUUAUUUCUUCCUUUGUACUUCCAUAGGAUUUGGCAUUUUAGAGCUCCUCACGAAGAACAGGGUGAGGCUGUCAUGAAACCUUUGAGAUGAUGUCUCUUACUCAAAACACCUUAUGUGUGAAUUUCCUCAUCCUAUAUGUUAGGUACUACAGGUAGAUUACAAAAAUACUGUUACUAAAAAUGGCUUUUACAGUCAUUAACUUAGUCACCCAUACAUAACAGCUUGUGCAAAUGCCCUGUUUAUACAAGGGUUUGAAGUCAGGAGGUGUGCUGUUGUGUUGUGUUUUUUCUCCAUGCAUUACAGUUGCACUAAAAAGAAUGGAAGUUGAAAACAUGCAUGUUGAACUGGAAAUGCUGAGGGAAGCUUUUGCUGUUUCUGGAAUCAAAACAAGCAUUAACUAGUAGGAGAGGUAAUGCAGCAUCUAUCAUACUUACCUGAACAGUUCAUCCCAGAAGCAUUAUUUACAAGACUUAAAUCUGGUUGAAUGACCUAUGUACCACUCUUUGUUGCUAAUCAGUUGGUGGCUGAAGCUAAACUCAGCUGAAGGUUUCUAUCAAGUGUGGUAUCCUUUAGUGUAAGAAAAGACAAAGUCAUUGGUUUGGCUCUGGCAUUACAGAACACAGCUGUAGCCAUCCAGAACAGAUAUAGAUGAUGGGAAUAUCCACUUUGGAGUCUGAAGGAUAAAGAGUUGUUUUAACUAAUAGACUUAGAUUGUUGAUUGGCAGUAACUUUUCUUGUCCUUGACAAUGGUAGCAGAGUUAAUGUGGAGGGCAAAUUUUACUUCAAGAUUAAGUGACCUUAAUUUUCUCUUCUCACUUUCUUGCACUUCAAAGGCUCUAGAUACAGUUCUGGUAAGAGAUGUGCAGAAGAUGCACAUGGGAUCAGAUUGUCAUCCUGACAAUUUCUAAUUUAGAAAAUACAGUAGACAAGCAAAUCUCUUUACUGUAAAUUAGUUGGUGCUACACGCACUUUCAGGUAGGGUUUUUCUUUUGUGUGUGCUGUAGUCUGUUCCUUUGGACUAAUGCCUAUCUGAGGCUGCAGUGUGCUGGGGUGCUCAGGGAAUGCAUCUUUGUGAGGAAUAUUGUUUUUGUGGUUUGACACUUCUUGAUUAUACAAUACAAAUCAAUCAUGAAGGCAAAUUCAAAGCCAACUUCAAAAGUAUACCCUUUUUAUCUGAACCAGUGUAGCAGGCGCAGGCCCUGCAAACCUGCCUUGGCGUUCGGCAGCCUAAGGUAGGCAAAAUGCUGAGUCAUGAUGACUGAACCUUAGGAGCCCCUCU